AGCGACGGCCGCGUCAUCGACGUUUGGUAUUAAACGUCACGAAAAGAAUUAGUGACGUUUUUAGUACUUUAGAUUUUCCAGCAGUGAUAGUUAUAACAUUUCUCUAUUAACAAUCUUGGUGAUCCAUUUAUAGAGAGCAACUAUAUAGUCCAUUCCGGGCAGUUUGAAGUGGGUGUAUUGGAUUGGUUUACCCGCCUAUGGGAACUUGAGAAGAACAAAUAUUGGGGUUACAUUACAAAUUGUGGAACAGAAGGCAAGCUUCAUGGUAUAUUAGUUGGGAGGGAAGUGUUUCCAGAUGGCAUUCUGUAUGGCUCACGUGAAUCACAUUAUUCUGUUUUCAAACCUGCACGAAUGUACAGGAUGGAAUGUGAAAAGGUCGACACUUUGGUCUCAGGUGAAAUUGAUUGCAAGGAUUUCAAAACUAAACUCCUUUGCCACGAGCAAGCCAGUAAUUAUCAACGUAAACAUUGGGAUGUUUUAGAGCUGAAGGAGGCUGUUAAAAUUAAAGAUGGUGAAUCGGAGGCUUAUAUUUCUGAAAUUGAGACUAUUAGUCAAGCAUAUGAAGAUAUGCAGACACAGAACCAACAUUUGUUGCAGCAGGUGGCUGAAAGGGAUGAUUAUAAUAUCAAGCAGGCCAAGCAAUUCAGCAAGAGGUUAAUUUAUUUAGUUGCAACAGAACACUUACCAAAGCAAGUUGAAGAAUCCAAAAUGGACAUGCCCAAAGAAAUUUUUCUUAAAGAUUACAAGCUUUUCUUGGGCACAACGGCGUCAGGUUGCUGCCUUCCUUCCAGGUAACAACUCUCCACUAAGUCCAUUUAUUGAAUUUCGGUUGGCUACGCUGCGUCGGACAUUCUUUAUCUGAGAUCACACACAUUCCUAUAGUUGCCUAUUUUGACUUUAUUGGUUUAAGAAACAUAAUGAAUAUAUUAAGUUGUUUCUUAACAUUCAUUCCCAUAUGAGGUUGCUUUUGAUCAUCAUGGCCAAUUGUUCUUUCGAUUUCUGUGUCUUUUGUCCAAAGAAUCAUGUUUUGAUGGUUGGUUCCUUUAGAGUGGUUCCAUCAUAGUUGGAAUUGUGAUUCUAUCUUGACAAGAAAUGUGAUAAUGAUUCGGUUUUUUCUCUUGACCACGAAAUCACGGUUUUGGAACAGAAAUGUGAUAAUUUUUUUUUUUGCAAAAAAUGACAAUUGCCGACCAAGAGUUUUGGUCGCAAAAAAUACAUCUAUUGCCGACCAAAAUAGCUCUUGGUCGUGGAAACUCACUUUUGCCGACCAAAA